AGGCUCAUGUGGGCAGGGGUCCGCCAGCUGAAGUUUUGAGCCUGGUUUGGGAUGAGUUUGCCACGUGUGCGUGCUGCUGGGGAGGGAGGGGUGAGCCGAGGGUGGAUGUGGCUCCCUCCUCUUCCCCCAGCUCCACCCACCUCUGCAGGGGGCUGGAGCCCCUGGGGAGCCUGAUUACAGCGAAACCUGCCUUAAGUGCCCUGCAAAACUCACCGCUUGGCCGCAUCGGUGUGCAAGGGAAGACCGAAUCCUCUCGUGCUGACAAUAUUGGGAGCACUUUAAGGCGGCUGCGAAAGGCACUGAAUGUAAUUGACGAAGGAGAGGUGAGGGUCCUUGCUCCAGGCUCCCAGCUGUAUAAAACUCCUUUAUGCAGCCGUCACCUAGAUUUUUUUUUUCUUUUUGAGAAAAUAGCCCCUGCUGUGACUGACCCAAGGAUGAGGGUUGCAUUUUGGGCUCCCCUUUUCUGUAUGGUUGUUACCUGUGUGACUGGCGCUCUUAUCCCAGAAGCAGAAGUGAAGAUUGAGGUGCUCCAGAAGCCAUUCAUCUGUCAGAGGAAAACCAAAUGGGGGGAUAUGAUGUUGGUGCAUUAUGAAGGCUACUUGGAAAAAGAUGGUUCAAUGUUUCACUCCACCCACAAGCAUAACAAUGGUCAACCUAUGUGGUUUACACUUGGCAUAAAGGAAGCCAUUAAAGGCUGGGACAAAGGUUUGAAUGAUAUGUGUGUAGGAGAAAAGCGGCAACUAACUAUUCCUCCAUCCCUUGCUUACGGAAAAGAAGGAAAAGGAAAAAUUCCACCUGAGAGCACGCUGAUAUUCAACAUUGACCUUCUAGAAAUUAGAAGUGGACCGAGAUCUCACGAGUCAUUCCAACAGAUGGAUCUUAAUGAUGACUGGAAGCUAUCCAAGGAUGAGGUGAAAGCAUAUUUGAAGAAGGAAUUUGAAAAGCAUGGAGCACCAGUAAAUGACAGCUAUCAUGAUGUUUUGGCUGACGACAUAUUUGAUAAAGAAGAUGAAGACCAUGAUGGAUUUAUAUCUGCCAGAGAGUUCACAUACAAGCAUGACGAGCUGUAGAGAAGCCUGACAGAAUUUUCUAUGAAGCAACUUAUGGUGUCAAGUUUUUUGUAACAUUUUUGAUUCCGUGUUCAGCGCUGGCAGUUUCUACUGGAACAGAAGAAACACUACUUUGUUUUUUCAUAUUCAAAAGAUGAUCCAAACUGUUUACUAUUUUUAGGUAUUGAAAUUAAGCCUUUUUGUGCAGCAGUUGAAAAGGUUUAUGCAGUAACAGUGGUUUUGGUUGUAUGAACCCUUAUUUUGUAUUAACUUAUUUUGCAAUUAUAAAAACAAAAACUUGCCAUAUAACAAACUUUCUAAAAUGAAACUCCAGUGCUUUAUCUGCCUUGCAUUUCCUUCUUCUGUGCGUGCGCUCGAUCUCUCUCUCUCUCGCUCUCUCUCUCCUUAUUUAAUAAUAUAAAGGUGGUUUAAUUUUAAAUCAGUGACUUCAGUUAUAUGGCAUUAUUUUCCUUUGCAAAUCUGUGUUUGGAAAAGCACAAGAAAAGAAGUGCCAACUAAUUUUCCUGAAGCUGUCAAAAAGAGGUGGACUACAAAGGUGUGACAUGUUAUGAGCCUUCUCAGCUGUAGCAAUAUAGUGUAAUCUACGUGGGACAGAAUAAGAAAAAUUACUGUCUUCCACUGGUUUAUUUUUAUAAAUAUAGUAAGCUUCCUUAGUGCACCAACAAAACCAAUGAUUCAUUUUGUAUUUAUUUCAGUGAUAUGAGCCUAGAACCAAGGUAGGAGUUAGAUGUUGCCAGUUGUUUUUGCUAUUUAUUUAAACUGUCAGUUAUUAACAUUCCAGUUGGGUUGGGGAGGGAAGGGCUAUUUUUGAGAUAUUUGUACACGUAUCAAGUUACAGCACAACACCUACACUUAGUGGAAAACUUACGAUGCUAAUCAGUAUCUUAUGCAUUGGAAUUAAGAAACUUGCAUUGGUGCAGAGAGACCACAUGUUUUCUUUGACCUACUAAAUAUACCUUAGGCUGAAUGCUCAAGUUUUAAGUUGCUUAGCUAUGAGGGGAAAAGGUAUCCUGAGAGGAAGUGAAAUGGUCACAAGGACACCCACAUUGGUCCAAUUCCUGUCACUGCCUUAAAUAGUUGUGGGGUUUUUGUUUUGUCUUUUUUACGUUGCCCGUUGGGGGAAAGUAGUAUUUAGAGUUGCAGAGGUGUAUACUGUAAAAUGCAGUAUUUCAUGAGUAGUACAAAAAUAAAUUGAAGAUCAAGUGUGCUGAUAUUUUAAACAAUAAAGUGACUUAGAAAAAUAUGUUCAAGGCAUGAACGUCUUAUUGUGCAACAUUUGUCAUGGAGAAAGUGGAAGAUCUUUCUCUUUACCUGCUUGAUAUUGCUUAGUCUGUCUUGGGGAGUUAAACCAAAAGGAGCUCUAAGGAAGAGCAAGCAGGAAACAAAACAACAGCCUGCAACAAGAUAAGACUUCAUGGGAGUUAAGGGAAUAGUGGCUGGGCUAUCAAUUGGGAAGAUGCUGCUUCCAGGGGCCAGGCAAAAUUGCACACCUGGCUCACCAAGGCUGGGGUCCCAAGAUAAAAGGGGCACUAAACAGUUAAUCUUCCUUUAGAGAUGGAGGUGGCUUCACUGGUCAAGGGCUGUUCGUGAAGAGCAGUCAGCCUGGGACGCAGGCCUAGUGCAAUGUCAAAGGCAGCUAAGAGUUCCAAAUAAGAUCUAAGCAUACAGAGUUUGCUUUUCUCUGCUCUUGGGUUAAUAGACAAUUUGUCUGUUUGGAAGAAGCUGUUUAGAGUCUCACUUCAAUCAUUCAGCUGCUGGUUACAGGAUCUGAGGAAAGCUUCUUGCAAGUACCAAUUACAGUCAGGUGUCUUGUGUUAACAUGAUUGGAAACGGGCUGUCACUCCAGGAUCCAGGUGAGAGUGGUAGAACCACAGGGUUCUGGGGCAGCCCCGGGGGGAGGGCAAGUGGGGCAAUUUGCCCUUGGCCCUGCAGGGGCCCCCACGAGAAUAUAGUAUUCUAUAGUAUUGCAACUUUUUUCUAUGGAAGGGGCCCCCGAAAUUGCUUUGCCCCAGGCCCCUUGAAUUCUCUGGGCGGCCCUGGAGGGUUCCACUAGGGAGAGGUGAAGAUAACAGAGUCUGUCACCUGCGGGGUGCACUCGUGAAGGUAUAAAGUAUUGCUCAAACUGUAACUAUGGCAGGAUGAUGGGGAAAUGCAGGGUAUUGUAGCCUAUGAUCCAGUCUAAAGUGGGGUGAACUGAAUUCCAUUCUGUGAAGACUGCAGAUAGCAAUGUUGCCCACCCUGAUGAUUUUGUCUCUUUUUGUUUGUUUGUUUUUUCCUUUAAAGCCCCAGCUUCUAGAGUCAAGUGGAUAUGUGAUGAUUUCAGCCUUCAGUUUUAAAGAAAAAGUAAAUUUCUAGCCCUCGUGACUGGUGAAAGCUUCAAAAUGUGACCCUGGUGCACCCUAAACACUUAAAAAGCAGAAGGAAAAUAAAAAGAACACCAAAUCUAUUAUUUUAACAUAAUCUUAGGACUUUAAAGCCAAUUUCAUGAUUUGUGGUGAGCCUGACUCAUGAUUUUUUUGAACAUUUGGCCUCUGGUAAUACUGAGGUAGAGGUCUGUCACGUAUAAGGGCUGCAGGAGAGAUCACAGAUGCAGCUCACCCCUGAGCUGUCAGUCUUGCGUUCCUUUGAUACUUCAAACUAUUGCUCUUCUGGAACAAGGGAGAGAAUUCUCCCCUUGUAACUUCUAGUCCAUAUGUGCCACAAUCCUGCUUUACGCACAGAAGUCCAACUUGACUAUGCACAUUCUUAAAGCUAAGCAUGUGCAGGAAUGGAGCUAUAGUCACUACAGUCUGUCAGUUAAGAUAUGUUAAUUUAUAGCACCCUGCGCAGAUACAAAAUUUGUAUCUGCAGCCGAUCCACAAAAAUAGUCUGUGGAUAUCUGCAGAUUUUCAGGGCCCUAUUAAUUUGCAACAGAAUCUGAUCUUCUGAAACCAGUGGCGGGAGGAGGUGUUUGCUCUGAACUAAGCAUUUUUUUUUACUUCAGAAAAUAUUCUGUGCAAAGGGGGAAAAGGUCCUGUUCUACAACUCGCUGCUUUGGGGGAAAGAGGAUGGGGGCUGUAAGGGAUGUGGGAUCAGAUGAAGAUAAAUUAGCACAAAGGUGCAUAUUUCUAUUACUUUGAUGCUUGGAUUCCUUUCCUCUUUUCUAUAAGAGAUUUUUUUUUUAAAUAUUACUUUUGGAAUGUUAUUGCAGUAGCUGACAAGCAUGUUGUCUUUGGUUACUGCAUCUCAGACAGGGGAUAAAGGGUUCAUGUAAGCAUUGUGUCUCAUGUUCAAUGGAAGAGCUGGAUUGGUGAAAACUGUGAAGUUUUCCUAUUACCAGUUAGAUUCUUAAAAACACUAAUAGUGAAAUAACUUAGCAAAUGUGUAAAUAUAUAAAUAUACACACACACCACUAGAAUAUUAGAGCUUCAGGGGCCAGGUCCUUAGCUGGUGUAACCUGGCAUAGUUCUGCUGAAAUCAGUGUAGCUAUGGGGACUCCCAGCAGUCGAAGAUCUACUUCCUUAGUUUGCGGUAGCUGUAAAAAUCCUUCAGUUGUGCUCAAAACAAAUCUCUCAAGACUGACAAGUCAGCAAUAGGUUCAGGAAGCACGUUCAACAAUUUUACCAUUUGUGUAUCUCUGUCAAGAUGAGGAGACUUCUUGGGUACAAAUAAUUCUGACUGUAUUGCUGAAGUACACCUGCUAGUUAAUCCAUAGGCUAUACUGCCAGUAGGAUCAUUGUGCCUGCGAUAAAGAUGCAGCUGAUGUAACAAACAUUAAAGGAAGAGGGAAAAUUUGUAACUGUUUGGUACCUGGUGAAAUUUCAAGUGGGUUGUGCAUGCAGUAUAUACUUUCAUAGAAACAAACUUUUUAAAUGUUUGUAAAUGUUGUGCUGAAGACCUGGAGAUUGCUCAUUAGUGAUAUUAUAAUGUACUGGGGCUCUUCUCUGCAGUUGUGUAGCCUGCUGUGCCUUCUACAGUUUCCUUACUGUUUUGUGGUUAUAUAAGACAGUACACACUGUGCUCAUUCAUAGCUGCCGUAUAGUGAUUAGAGACUGAAUCCUUCACCCAUUGAAGGCAACGGGAACAGGAUCAUCCCUAAAAGCCCAUUUUAUAUGUAAAUUUUAGAUUUGCUAUGUUUUAGAACAAGACAGCUUUUGUCAAGGCUUUGGGAGUCCUGCUUAUAUACUGAAAUUGUUUUUAAGACUUUCUUGUUGUCUUGCUGCAGUUGAUUUACAAAGGAUGUAAAUAAAACCCUGUU